GUAAAUAUUAUUGUUAGCUAGCUGGAAUGCUCAGUGCAGUGCCCAUUAUUUAUUAUUAUAUAUUCUGUGUCAGUGCCGCCGAAAAAAUUUUCUCUCAUAAACAAUAAACCAUAAACAAUUUGCAGAGAAUUCAAAAUUCAAUUCAAUUCGCAGGAUUUCGAGAUGAGCGGGCGUUGUCGGCGGGCCUCAGCAAUGCAGUGCUCACAGAAUCUCAAAUAAAUCUUGAUGUGAUCUUGUCCAUAUCGCCUGUAUACGCCUAUAUUGCCUGGAAUAAUGUGUGUUGGUGUUGGGGCUUUCACCUAAUGAUCAUCAAUGGCUUCCUCUCAGGACGCCUGGUAUUUGUCAUUACUAGGUCUAGCGGAAAACUUCAGGAGAGCUAAUCCUCCGCAGAUCAAAUGUUGCAUUCAGUGUCUUCAAGCUGUGCUUACGUUUGCUCCACCUGUCAGAGUCGAAGCUAGGACCCAUUUGCAACUGGGGAAUAUUCUUUUGAAUCACACCAAAAACAUAGACAUAGCUCGACAGCAUCUUGAACAAGCGUGGAGCAUAUCCCAAUCAAUCAACGCCUUUGAUGAAGUAAAAUUCGAAACUGCCAGUGUUCUUGCAGAUUUGUAUGACCAGCAAAGUCUCUCUCAUUUGGCCAAACCAAUUCUUCGUAAAGCAAUUGAAUUAUCGCAGCAUUCAAUUUAUUGGCAUUGCCGGCUAAUUUUCCAGUUAGCGCAAAUUCAUGCUACCGAGCGAAAUUAUGAGGUCGCCAGUAGCCUAUUGGGUGUUGGAGUUGAUUAUGCCCAUAUAUCCGCAGCAAAUUACACAAGAGUCCUAUUUUUACUCAGUAGAUGUAUGCUUUUACUGGCUGAAAAGAAGCUGACAGAAGUUAGUCCGAUGCUGGUGCAAACUGGAAUGCUAAUUGAAAAUUGGCAAGGGAACCAGUACCAGAAAGAAUAUCUCAGAGUAUUUUUCCUUGUUCUUCAGGUCGGUCUGUUCUUAGCUGCAGGACAGGUGAAGAGUGUAGAUCCAUGUUUGAAACAACUUCAACAAAGUAUCCAGAAUAUCAUUGGACCCAUGGGACCAACUGAUGAAAUGGUGUGCGGACCCAAUGUUGGAGAUGCUUUUAUCUGGAUGCCAAAGACUCAUCUAAAAGUAGUCGUUUAUUUAAUUACUGUAAUGCACAGUAUGCAGGCUGGGUAUAUGGACAGAGCUCACAAAAAUGCUACCAAAGUGUACUCGGAGAUUGAGAGGUUAAAGCAUGAGAAGCCCAGUUUUGCUACAUUUCAACUUCAGCUAUUGGAGCACAUGGUGAUGUGUCAACUGGUCAUGGGUGAGAAGGCAGAAGCUUUGAACGAAAUAGCGCAGGCCGUUCAGUUAUGUCAGCCUAACCCUCGGCUGAUGAUGCUUCACAAACCACAGUUGCACACGUUACUAGGACUUUAUGCCAUGUCUAUGAACUGCAUGGAAGCAGCCGAGGCUCAAUUCUCAUCGGUCCUACAGUCUUCAAAAGAUCGAGACUUGUGGACGUUUGCAAAUCUGAAUUUAGCAAUCAUGUACCUGAGAGGAAGGCUCGACCAACAAUUUGCUACUUUAGCACCGAGAAUCAGUCCGGAGGCCUUGAAAAAGCAAGGAACAAAAAUUAGUCUGCAAGCUGCAGCGUAUUAUGUGCAGGGACUUCAAGCAUUCUUUCAGGGUCAGCACAAUGAAGCCAAGAGGUAUUUGCGAGAAAUGUUGAGUCUUGCCAAUGCAGAAGGUUUGAAUAGGUUGACCUCCUGUUCGCUAGUUCUCUUGGGCCAAAUAUACCUAUCAUUAGAAAAUAGCAACGACAGCAUGAACAUGGUCAAACCUGCAAUGCAUUUGGCCAGCAAAAUUCCCGAUCUCCACAUCCAACUCUGGGCAUCUGCAAUUUUGAAAGAUUUAUAUAGAAUGUGUCACGACCCUGUCAAUGAGAACGAAGCACAGGCAAUGCACACAAAAUAUUCUCAGAUUCUCCUCGAAGACCACUUUACUGCAUCCGGUAUGCCAGAGCACAGUCUCAUCAACUGGCUCGAUGAAGCCUUUCCACAAAUGCUUGCCCCUCCUUCAGGGCCUCUUUAGGAGCAUCUCUUUGAAUCAGACGCUGUACCUGCAAUACACACAAAGUGAUUUAAUUUCACCUCCUCUGUAGAUUUCCCAUAUCCUUGUUGUAUGAGGUUUGAACUAAUACCAAAUUAGUUGAUAAGUGGUGCCAAGUAUUUAAAUAGGAGACAUAUGGGUGGCAAGUCUAUGGUGAUAGUCAACUAGUGAAACACCUAAAAAUUACUGUCGUUUUACAUUUUUAAGAAAAUGAUGCUUUAAUUAAAGCAGAUCCUAUUUGGUAUAAGGCUCAGCCUUGAUGGGAGGAAAGUCUCUUCCUUGCAUUUUUGGUGUUUUUUUUUAACAAAUCUCUUUUUUUUCUCACCACUCUUAUUUAUAUUGUAUCGUAAUUUUUUUUUCUUACGCCUAUGUACAGGCUAAGCCUAUAUAUUCUUAUGUACAGGCUAACAUGGCGAUUCAAAUAUUUCAAAUAUCAAGCGGAACUUAAGGGAGAAAAGCUCCGCGAUGGUCCUCUCAUGAAUUCCCGGCUAGGAAAGCUUAUAUUCGCCUAUAUACAGGCUAAGCCUAUAUACGCCUAUAUACAGGCUAAGUAUAUAUAUGCCUGUAUACAGGCUAAGCCUAUAUAUGCCUAUAUACAGGCUAAGCCUAUAUACGCCUAUAUACAGGCUAAGCCUAUAUAUGCCUUUAUAUUCUGUGACGAUACUAUUCGAUUCUGCUCCGUAUCCUCUCUCAGUAUUAGAUCCGAAUUUUGAUUCAAAUGUGUCCACUGCUCUGCUUCAUUUUCAAAAUGCUCCUUGGUUGGUUUUUAACUUCAGAUUUUAUGGUGUGUUUUGAUCUGAUCUUAUUUAUUUUUACUUUUUUUUACUUUUUUCUCCUAACUAUUUACUGGCAUCUUUAUUGGUUCAUGUGAUGUAUUUCCUAUUCAAAAGUAGAAAUAACUUUUUAUGGAACCAUUUUAGCACAAUUUUCCAUGUAUACUCGUAAUCACAUCAAAGCUCUUGAAUAAAUACUUCCUCUUCCUACAUAAGUUUCUAUGUCUAUGAGUGGGUCUAUUUGAUGGAGCACCUUUUUUCCUCAUUCGUCCAUGAACAUUGUCUGUGAGAAUAUUCAUGUACACAUGCUCAGGGAAACUGAUGAGAUAAUUUUAUAUUGCUUCUAAAAUGAGUCAGAAAUAUGGGUUCUUUAAUUUGAAGUGCAACCCAAUUAAGAUGCAAACUGAAGACCAGAGAUCUGCGACAAAAACGAGAAAAAUAGGUGAAACAGAGAAAUACUUGCCAAAGUAAUGUUCUUUUUGCGGAAGCGAUUUAGUAUUUCCCAAAUAUUGAUCUAAUUUCAGACAGCGUAUCAUUGUGCUUGCCUGAAGGACUGUUGACCCAGUAACUUAGAACAUGGUAAAGAGUAUUAUAAGAUUUAAAAAACGAAGAAAUCUGUGAUUGAGGUUUUUUUUAUUCAAAUGUUUACAUUUAUACGAUUGUUUUACAUGAUUCUUAGCUAGCAUUAAUAGUCUUACUUAUUUUAUACAGCAGUUUUCAAACUGUAGCAUUGUAAAUUUUACCUUUUAGUUUAUUUUUUUUAGUCUGAUACUCCCUUUUUUCUCUGAGAAUAUCUUUAUCGUACAUGGAUGACUUCACGAUAAAAGUAAUUGUCGUGUCCCCAAAGGUUAUUAACGACUUAGGACGUAGAACAAUUGAGAACCAAGUUGAUAGAUUAAGAGGAAUGAUGGCUCUAAACUUAUCUGUGCUGAAAAAUAUAAUUCAUUAUGAUAAUAUUUAAUAAUGUGAGACUUUAAAGGCUGAAAAUGAACACCCCGAUGGCUAUUCUUUUGCGACAGUACCGGACGAAGACUCCACUGAGCCGCGUCACGGGCCGCCCUGUUCCGAGACUACGAGCACAUCGCCCCCCCCCUUUUGAGGCAACUCAACAGGCUGACGCCCCCCCCCCCUCCCCCUUUACGAGCGUCAUCCUACGUCUCGGGUGUUUCACCUGGGAGUAGCCGGAGGGGCCAUCCCCUUUGGGUUUUUACGCGCUGCCGGCGCAAAAACCAACUCUAAUUCGCCGUGGUCUCGCCAAGACCCACGCACUCUCUUUUUAGUAGGCGCAUUGAGCGCAAACAGUCGCCACUUUUGGCAACAUAUUUUAGCAGUUGUAUUAAGGGCAGUGUUUAUCUCGUCAGAUAGAGCCAGGAGUUUCAAUAUUAUCAUCAAAUUGUUCACUGAAGUCUUCUUGACCAAACUAUCAAUGAUAAGUCGACUUUUUUUACUAUGUAAACCAGUGAUUUUUAGGUGUGCAGCUCUAUUAUCUCACUAAACAAAAUCCUCAAUUUAAUAUUAUUAACAGGCACUUCAUGUCUCCUGAUUGGAACCCAACCCUUUAAAAUUUCAUUGUCAUAGUUUGAUGCUUUUCUUUUUGCUAUCUUUUCAAUUGAAUGAUCUUCACAUUUAAAAAAAAAAUUCUGUUGGUAUGCUAUUUUCUAUAUUUCCAUGUGUUUCAAUAUUCAUACAGAACUAUUAACUAGCCCAUCAUUAAUAUCUAUAUUUUUAAAUAUCAUGUAAUUGCUGGUUUCUUUGAGCAAUAAAUUGUAUGAUAAUCCUUGAGUUUGCGUUCUGUGUUUUUUUUAUGUGUUUCUAAGAAUUUAUUUUUUUCUGUGUCAGACCUUGUAUCUUUAACAGUGUCAAUUGCUAAACUUUCAAGUAGUUGAGAAUCUAUUUUAUUUAAAAUAUUAAAAUUGUGAGUGUUAACUGAUUUAUAAUCAAAUAUUACAAAUAAAUGAAUAGGUAGUAUUCCUCAUUUUCUUUUCAAAGUUCCUAGAAUUGAAGAGUUUUAAAUCAGUAUCAGUCAUAUUUCCUUCACCAAAAUGUGUCAAAGCAAUGCAAAACAGAAUGUCAUCUUUCUGGCGCAUGAUCAUUUUAGUUCAAAAUACUUAAAUUUCUUGUAUGAUAAAUCAAUGCCUAGGUAUUGUGAUUAAUUGUGCUCUACGUCAAAAAAAACUAAUAUUGAAAACUGGCUUUAGCUGUCUAAUGGCGUAAUAGCUCCAACUAGUAUUAUUGAUAUAUUACCUAAAUCUCAGUCAUUGCCAAAUAUCUGUUGGAGCCUGUAUUUAUUUGUCAGAAUCUCUUUUUCCCCAGCAUGGAAACUUCAUCAGUAUUUUUUAGGUUUCUCAAUUUGAGAUUUCUUCCUGGAAUUUCUUUCUUCUGUGUCAUUGUUUUUAACACCAGAUUUUACUUGUUUUAAAGAUGAUUUCAAAUUUGCAAUUUGAGGACUCGCCAUUACAGUAAGCUUUUCAGUGUCACUAUCAUCACUUGAAAUGACCUUUUCAAUUGAUGUGCCUACUGCUCCUGCUUUGUUUGCAGUAUUUUCAGUAUUUUAGGUUUCUCAAUCUGAGAUUUCCUCUUGCAAUCUCUUUCUUCUGUGACAUUUUUUUUUAACACCUGAUUUUACAUAUUUUUAAGAUGAUGUACAAUUUGCAAUUUGCUGACUCCUCUUUAUGAUGACCUUUUCAGUAUCUUUAUCAUCACUCAAAAUAACCGCUGAGUUUCUAGUUUUCUUUUUCAUAGGCUCACUGUCAGUGGCUUGAAGUUUUCGCUUUGAACGCUCCAUAUCCUACAUUACCGGCUACUGAGUAAUUGAUGAGUAAUUUGAUUGACUUGAAAUUCAAUCUUAUUUUGGACACAAAGUCUCCACUUAAAACUGGAGUAGGACCUAUGAAUUGAUUAAUUGGCAUGGUGAAGUGGAGUGCCUUUAAUCAGAAAGUAAGCUUUUCCUGUUGGUGCAACAGUUAAUACUUUCAAAGCACCAUGUUGCUCACCAGUUGAAAAAUUUAAAUGAUUUGUCACUAAUUUUAAUGAUGAUUUUGAAUUUUUAUCGAAUUUAAAUGAUUUGUCACUAAUUUUACUAUGUCAUUGGCAAGAUGACUUUUUCCAGUGCCUGCAAGACCAGACAAAAAGUAAUGAAAUGGGGUUUUUUAAAUCCGUAAUCGUGCAAGAUUUGUAGAGCAAAAUAUUUUUGCUCAGUGUUCAGUAAUCUUAAAAUUUCACUGUCACUUUCAUUAAAUUUAAUGUUUGGAAAUGUCCCUCUAAUUGUAUUUUGUUCAUAAUUUUUAUUCUCUUUAUUGUUAUUAUCAAAAAUGUCAUAAUCAUCAUUGUUUUGCUCAUUUUUCCAAUCUGAAUUCUCAGAAUUCAAAUAAUAUUUUCAUCAUUAAAUAUCAUUUCUGC